UGCAAAACAGCGGGGAGCAUUACAUGUAUAGGUGCUGACGGCGCGUCGCCGCAGUGGACACGGAGCUAGCGAGCUGAUCGGUCGAGCAUCUAAGUUCACGCGCUGUGACUAGGUUCCCCGUGCAACAUGUGUCGUGUGGCUGGCGUCGCCCGAGUUUUGCUGCUGGUGGGCUUCGCGAAUCUUGUGUUGGGUUCGGCGAUCCCGAUGUGGGAAUUUCUAAGCAGGACUGAAAAGAUGAAUCUCCUAUACAGCAUGUUCGUGAAGCAAGUCAAUGAAUACUGCGAUACUGUUGGGAUGCCCGAUAGACCAGAUUGUCAAAAAGGUCUACUUCUUUAUGGUCUCACAAAUCUUGCAAAAAUGGGUGAAGAUAGUCUGGACAAAAUGGAUCCAUAUCAACGAGGAGCAUCUGUCAUCGUUUGGGAAUCGAUGAUGAAAGGCAGCUUCAAGCCAAUGGAGACAUCAUCACAGAACCACAAAAUUUCUAGUACAGAAGGUGAAAAUGAAACUGGAAGUGGAGAUAAUAAUUUGGGAUCCCAAGUAGAAGCUUCAUCAAACAUUCCUCAUUAUGCAACAACUGACAGCCAGAAAUACAUAUCAGGUCCAAUGAUUGUGAGAGUUCUACCGAAUGGAAGACCUGUACCAGGAGAGUCUCAUCUACCAGCUCUAAAAGAUGAAGAUGCAGAGGAUUUUAAACUGAUGAGCUCCCAUCCACCAUCAGAAAUAAUGCAGCUUGCAACUGGGGCCAACACCCAACAGUUUGCACAUAAAGUGGCAUCAUUUGAUGCAAUGAGUCAUGUGCAUAAGUUGGCGACUUCACCUUAGAUCAUUUGCAAAGUUAAUGAGGAAAUGUAAGUAAUUAUAUUGAAAAAAGUGAAGUUCUCAACUAAAGGAAUUUGAGGCAACGUAAUAUUUUUUUAUGUAUGAGAAAUAUUUAUAUACUGUUUCCAAAAAUUAAUUCAGUAUAAAGACAAUAAUGUUUGAAUGUUGUUUGAAAACAAAUUGUACGUGUAUCAAUAUAUCCUAUUGCAUUCUGAAGCAAAAGUUUAAAAUUUCAAAGAAGUCAUGGAAUUUUUGAGGAAACCAAAAGAUUGUUACAAUGUUUCUCUUGUGGAAAUACGUUUUUGUUCCAGCCUUUGAAAUGUUAUUAGAAAAGUAAUUGUUUAGUGUUGAAUAUACAUUCAUUCAGAUUAUGUAACAAAUUGACAAGUAUUUUCUCUAUAACAGUUUGUCAAUUUUUUUUUACAACCAUCAAACCAUUUGAGAAAUGUUGCGUUGCAUAUAAAAAUUGUUAUUUAGAAAAUUUUACCUCUGUUGAACAAUUAAGUGAAGAAGAAGUAAAACAUGACCAAUACAUUACAGUUCAUAACAACAAAGGAGAUCAUUUGGAGAAUUGAGAAGUAAAGUAAAUCAUUUUACUAAAUGUAGUAAAUUAUAUCAUUUAUUUAUAUUAGAGUCUGGCAGAGGGUUUUUCUGCAUUAAAAAUAUCUUUGGAAAAAUGUUUAUCAGUUGUGUAAAUAUAUAAAUGUGCUUUCUUGAAGAUUGUAGGUAAAAUAUUUUGGAAAAUAUACAUGCUUAAAAAAUGUAUGAAGUUAAAAUUUGUGCUGACGGAAACUAUUCCUUUUAAAAAAGAAAGUCAAAAGCUCUUUUCAUUCUCUGAUAUUAACAAACAGUUAACUGAAUGACAACAGAAAAUUGCCAUUCUUACACUGAAGUUUCUCAUAUCUCAGUGCCAAUGGUGUAGUGUAGAACCUGAGUAUUGACACAAUUCAAAAUUAAUUAUAAUCAAAAUGCUUGGCACAAGAGCUAAGAAGACUAGCUUCUUUCAUCUUUAUAUUUACUGAUUUAUGGUUGUAUCAGUAUCCCAGUAUAGAAGUUAUCAUCAGUACAAAUUGAAACUAAUAUUAUGGGUGACUGAACAGAAGCUUUAGCAACUUUUAAGCCCAUAAGCAAACAAAUGAAUUAUUGUAUUGAAACUAGUAGCAGUUUAAAUACUAUGCAUGUGCAAGUUAUAAAGCUAAAAAUGUAGCACAUUCAUUGUGAGGAUUCUUCUUAUGUACGUACAAUAUUUAAUGAUUUUUAUAUAAUUUAAUUAAUAAAUUUGUUCCAUUAAGACAUUAAAUUUUUUGAAAAUAAGUUAGGUACAUAUUCAAAUAUCAUAUAUUAAGAAAAGAAAGAUAAGAAUACUUAAAUUUUCAUUUCUGAAUAAAGAUUUAUUCAAUACUUACCCAUCAGUAAAUUUUCUCUUUUAAUACUGACCAUUUAUCCACAAAUCAUCUGUGGGUCCUGUUUGUUUGAGAUCUCUGAAAAUUUGGAUGUGGCUAAGUCAGAAUUUUAGAAACAUACUUCAUCAAUUAGGUCAGUUCAAUACUUUAAUCUGUAAGUUCUUUUGUCUUCAUUCUGUAAUAUACAAGUUUGUCACAUUAAAAAACAGAAAUCUGGCAAAAAAUAUUAAUAUUCUGUGAAGUAAUAUUGAGGCAGAAAAGUCAUGUCAUUCAAUUGUAUAUUACUAUUAUAAUGGCAUUAAGAUUUUUUAUUAUUAUAAUUAUUACAAAAUUAAUUUAUUGAAUUCAACAAAUAUUGAAAUAUGAAAAAUGUAUGUGAUUACUAAAGAUGUCUGAUAUUAUUAAAAUAUUACAAAUUAUCUGAUUGUAUACAAAUUUCAAAUUCAUUUUGCUAGAUAAUUGUUCUUGUAAAAUAAUAAUAUUAUUGCAAAUUCUGUUAUUUUGUAGACAAGAUUUUUUAAUUAUUUCUGAUAAUUGAAAUGUGCAUAUUUGAAAUGAACACUUCUAUGAGCAACUACAUAGACAACAUUACAAUAAUAUUUCAAAGAAAAUUGAUUGUUUCAAAAUAUGUUUUUACUACACUGCUAUGGAUGUCAUAUAAGAAAAUACUUUUCAAAUUCAACUCUUCUGUAAAAGCACAAAUAUCAAAAUUUCAAUAUAAAUAAUGUUGCUCAUAAAGUGUUUAUAGCUACACAACACUAUGUAAAUAAUUAAUUAUAAACAUAUGUGAGGAGUCAUUAAUUGUUACAAGUUCUCUCUUCAUGAACUAUAAGUUUUAUUUUUUGUAAUGUAUUUAUCAGUGAAUAUUUAUUCGUAUUAUUGCUUUUAUAAAAUAUUAUGCACUAGUAUAAUUAUUUUUAUGUUUAAUUUAUUGUUAAUAAGAUAUUUAUAUUUUGUGCAAUACAUCAGUAGUUGUUUACCUGAUUUGUACAGUUAUUAAAAUUCAU